AUGACUGCAAAGAAGGACAAGGACUACAAGAAUCAUAAACACGGCAGUGAGUUAAGUGCUACAGCGAUUUCGUCCAAGUUGGACAGCCACCUAGCGAGCCAGACGGCAGGAGCGACAGCGACAGGUCUGAUUACGGCCCACGAUCCACUGAAGCGCACCAACAAGCCCCUGAUGGAGAAGCGACGGCGGGCACGCAUCAACCAGAGCCUGGCCAUCCUGAAGGCCCUCAUCCUGGAGUCGACGGUCAAGAGCAAAACGGGCGACGGCCAGACGAAGCACUCGAAGCUGGAGAAGGCGGACAUUCUCGAGCUGACCGUACGCCACUUCCAGCGGCACCGCAAUCUGGACAACCCCGGGAUCGACAAGUACCGGGCCGGCUACACCGACUGUGCCCGGGAGGUGGCCCGCUAUUUAGCCACCCCGGAGCCACCGCCCCUUCCGAGCGUUCCGACACUGACCGAUGCCGGGUCGAAGGCACGGUUGCUGCGCCACCUGGACAACUGUAUCGCCGAGAUCGACACGGAAAUAUGCCCCAAAACGGGUGCCGGUGGACCGAUCGGCAACGGUGCAUCGGUGGCGGUCUGCGCAGGCGUUCCGUUGGAUGCCAACGGGAAGCUGGUGGACGGAGCGACGGUCGCGCUGUAUGACGCGACGGCCAUUACGGGUCUCAAGAAAGCCAAAGAAAUGAUGGAGUACGCCGGGGUCGGCGGUCAGGACGGGAAUCCGCUCGAUUACAGCAAAACGAACCGAGAGAUCGGCCGAUCACCGUUCGCGUACCGGGGCUCUCCGACCGACCUGGGGAUGCUGACCCCGAAGCCUGCUCCACUGCUGCACCAGGACGAGAACAACAACCGAGGGGCCACGGGUGGCGGCCACAAGACGCACAAGGCCACCAUCGGAGGGCACCACACUCCGGGCACGAACCUGGAGGAGAUGAUACUGGGCAGUGAGAUUGCCACGACUUCCGGGGGCGGUGUAGUCGCGGGCGGUCACGGCACCGUGACGCUCAACAAGAUGCUUCUGGGGGGCCACCAGCAACACCCGAAGCUGAUGGAGAUGGCUAACCUCAAAAACUGUCGGCUCGACCCGGCGGCCAUCAAGCACGAAUCGGCCACGGCGGCCGCUCUGCUGGCCAACGGGUACUCCACGACUUCGUCGGCCGUUUCGUCCCCCACACCGUCGGCCAGUGGCAUCAUGGAGUCGGACAAGGAUGUGUCCAAUCACUCGGAGCACGGCAUGCCGAUGCCACCCUCGGCAGCCUAUCCUCCGGCCGGCCAGGUGGCACUCCUGCUGCCCGACCACUACAUCCAGCUGGCGAAUGCUCUCGGGCUCGGUGCCGGCUCCCAGCCGCUGGUGGACCAUCCCGCGGCAUCGACGUCGGCAGCGGCCGCAGCUGCAGCAGCGGCAGCAGCGGCAGCAGCGGCAGCCGCCGCUGCCCUCUCCACAACCGACUUCGAGACACUGAUCGAACAGAACCGACGCCAGGCGGCCGUUCUGGCGCACGAGAAAAUGACCGUCUCGGAGAUGCUCGGCGGACUGCACGCACUUCCGGAGAACGUGGACGAGAGCUACUGGGAGCUGUACAAGAAGUCGCUCGGCAUUCCGGACUCCAUCAGCAAGCUGAGCCUGAGCGACGUCCGGGCACUGAUGGCCAAAUCGAUGGGCUCGGUGAAGGUUGAACCGCCCGGUGGCGGUGUUGUGGUGCCGCCACUGCCGGCAACUGGCGUACCGCCGCCGCACAUGCAUCCGGAGCACCAGCAACACAACCAUCAUCCUCUGCACCAUCAUGGGGGCGCCGGAGGAUCGGCUGGUUCUCCGGUCCAUGAAACGACGACGGCGGCGCCGACAUCCCCGGUCAAGGCUGAACCGACUCCCCAAUCCCCAUCUCCCGAGCCGGAACCCGUGGUAGUGGAGCACCCGGCGCGUCCAUCGUCCGCCGGGAGUGGUUCGCAGGUCAAGAAGGAAUCACCCGAUGGCGAUGGCGACAGCCCGAUGGUUGAGGUUAGCCAGGAAGCGGCAGCGGUUCCGUUCGAAGAGGGAGGCGAUCGGCGGAGCGUGAGCCCAGCAUCGACGGAAGAUCACCGAGCAUCACCGGCCAGCAGCAGUGGCGGCAGUGAACGGUGCAACAACGGUGGAGGUGGUGGCGGCGCCAGCGCACCCGACAGCAUGACGGGUUGCCAGAUGCAAUCGCAAACGUGGCGACCGUGGUAA